UUCAGCCACCAAGAAGUGUCAAGUUCCGUUCAUUCCAUCCUGGGUGUUUCUAGAACCUUCUGUUAACUGGGUAAAGUGGCACCCAGCGAAGCGGCAUCAUGUUGGAAUACAUGUUAGGCCCCGUAAAUAUAAAGAGAAAUAAAGUAGAUGUAUUAUCCUUCCUUUUCUGGGAAAGCAAUAUAGAAUAAUGGCUAAAAAUAUAAAGUCUGUGGUUAAAGACCUGAUUUUAGAUCUUUGUGCUGUAAUUUACUAGUUACCUGACCUUGGACAUUUUUUAAGUUUCAGGUUACUCAUCUGAGAAAGUUCUUGCAGGAUCUACUAUAGGGCAUUUUGCAGGAUUAAAUACAGAGGAUUUGGCACAAUUCUUGGCUCAGUACAUGUUAGCUAUCAUUAUAGAGCAUGUGGUGUGAUCUCUUUGGAUGCUUCUUUUUCUCCAAAACCUUAAGAGUUCUAGCCAAUGUUUCCUCACUUCAAAACUGGAACACUUGGAAGUCACCAGAACACUCUUCAGGGUGUCUGCAGGUGGGAUCCCAUGAUUACUACGUUACCUGGCUUAUACCUGCUGUCAGUUGGAGUGGUCAAACCUGCCAGCUGGAUCUUUGGAUGGUCAGAACAUGUCGUCUGCUCCAUUGGAAUGCUCAGAUUUGUUAAUCUUCUGUUCAGUGUCGGCAACUUCUAUUUGUUGUAUUUGCUUUUCCGCAAGGUCCAACCCAGACACAAGGCUGCCUCAAGUGUCCAGAGAAUCUUGUCAACAUUAACAUUAGCAGUAUUUCCCACACUCUAUUUUUUUAACUUUCUUUAUUAUACAGAAGCAGGAUCCAUGUUUUUUACUCUUUUUGCUUAUUUGAUGUGUCUUUAUGGAAAUCAUAAAACUUCAGCUUUGCUUGGAUUUUGUGGCUUCAUGUUUCGUCAGACUAAUAUCAUCUGGGCUGUCUUCUGCGCGGGAAACAUCAUUGCACAAAAAUUAACUGAAGCUUGGAAAACUGAGCUACAAAAGAAAAAGGAGGAGAGGCUUCCCCCUAUUAAAGGACCAUUUUCAGAAUUCAGGAAAAUUUUUCAGUUUCUUUUGGCUUAUUCCAUGUCCUUUAAGAACUUGAGUAUGCUUUUCCUUUUGACUUGGCCCUACAUCCUUCUAAUGUUUCUGUUUUGUGUUUUUGUAGUUGUUAAUGGUGGGAUCGUUAUUGGUGAUCGAAGUAGUCAUGAAGCCUGUCUACAUUUUCCUCAACUCUUUUACUUUUUCUCUUUUACUCUCUUUUUUUCGUUUCCUCACCUAUUGUCUCCUAGCAAAAUUAGGGCUUUUCUUAGCUUAGUUUGGAAACGUAGAAUUCAGUUUCUUGUGAUUACUUUAGUCUCUCUAUUUUUAGUUUGGAAAUUCACUUAUGCUCAUAAAUACUUGCUUGCAGAUAAUAGACAUUAUACAUUCUAUGUAUGGAAAAGAGUUUUUCAAAGAUACGAGGUUGUGAAAUACUUGUUAGUUCCAAUAUAUAUAUUUGCUGGUUGGAGUAUAGCUGACUCCUUGAAAUCAAAGUCAGUAUUCUGGAAUUUAAUGUUUUUCAUAUGCUUGUUUACUGUUACAGUACCUCAGAAACUGCUAGAAUUUCGUUACUUCAUUUUACCUUAUAUUAUUUAUAGGCUUAACAUACCUCUGCCACCUAUAUCUAGGCUUGUUUGUGAACUGGGUUGCUAUGCAGUUGUUAAUUUCCUAACUUUUUAUGUCUUCCUGAACAAGACUUUCCAGUGGCCAAAUAGUCAGGACAUUCAGAGGUUUAUGUGGUAACAUUGGAGAUAUAUAUUGAAUUCUAAAAAUAGACUUAUUUAGACUCUCUCCACAAUGAACAACUGAACAGGUAAAAAUAAUGGACUUUCUUUUGGGGACAAUAGUGGUCCACAGAUCACAUCAGAUUUUUUGUGUUUUAAACAUCAGAUAUAUGUGUUUUAAACAUAUAUAAUAAAUCCAAGGAAGUGGUAAAGAACUGAGAAGAGUUUAAGACUUGUUCCAUAAGCCUAAAUAAUGCAAAAUGAAAUUGUUUACAGUUACUUCAUGAUAUCCCUUUGGUAAUGCUGGCCACUCAAAAAGUUUGAAAAAAAUUUGUAAGUAUUAGUUUAAGAAAACUGAGCUUUAUAGUACUGAAACUUAUUUAUUAAUUCUCUUCAGAAAGCAAUAGCAGGCAAAGUAUUUGAAAAAAUUUGCAAAUGAUCAGGUAAUAUUCUUGAUUGAAAGGUUACUUAACAUUUCAGUAAAUAUAAUUUUAAUCAUAAGGCAAAAUAGACUCACAAAGAUAAUGUUAUGAAUUAGAAGCUCAUCUAGUUUAUCUUGUAAUUAAGUUGUUGAUUUUUGUUAAAAGUCUAGAAAUGAUCAACCCCUUUCACUAACUCUUUACUUUUGUUUUAUUUAUUUAUUUUUUUUUAGAGAGAGAGAGAGUGCAUGCACAUGUGAGUGGCUGGAGGAGGGAUGCAGGGAAGGGAAGGCAGAAAGAGAAGGAGAGAGAAUCUUAAGCAGACUCCAUGCCCAGUGCAGAGCUCGAUGUGGG